UAGAGUAGAAGUACUGCAGCUACGGUGUAGUUACAUAUAUAGUGCCGGUACGACUUGCAUACACAUGUGCUAAACCUUGUUCCUUUCUCUUUUGAGACACGUUAUCUCCACUGUUGCACAGCUGUUUUGAUAUAAACUUUUGUGUUUAACUAAAGAAACUGCACAAAAGAUAAUUACAAUGAUGAAUGCUAAGCAAAUUCGACAAGCUUAUAUUGACUUUUUUAAAAGCAAAGGUCAUGAAUAUAUUCAUUCUAGCUCUACAAUACCACACGAUGAUCCAACAUUAUUAUUUACAAAUGCUGGAAUGAACCAGUUUAAACCAAUAUUUUUAGGAAGUGUGGAUCCUAAUAGCGAUAUGGCAAAGUGGGUAAGAGUUGUUAAUAGUCAGAAAUGUAUUAGAGCUGGAGGAAAGCACAAUGAUUUAGAUGAUGUUGGAAAAGAUGUUUAUCAUCAUACAUUUUUUGAGAUGAUGGGAAAUUGGUCAUUUGGAGAUUAUUUUAAAAAAGAAAUUUGUACCUGGGCCUGGGAAUUUUUAACAGUUACAUUACAAUUACCAGCAGAUCAAUUGUAUGUAACUUACUUUGGAGGAGAUGAGAAAAAUAAUUUAGAUUCUGAUGAAGAGUGUAAAGAGAUUUGGCUUUCUUUAGGGGUGUCUCUUAGUCAUAUAUUACCAGGAAAUAUGAAAGAUAAUUUUUGGGAGAUGGGAGAGACAGGUCCAUGUGGACCAUGUAGUGAGAUACAUUACGACCGUAUUGGCAAUAGACAGGCAGCUCAUUUAGUGAAUCAGGAUGAUCCUGAUGUUUUAGAAAUUUGGAAUCUUGUAUUUAUACAAUUUAAUAGAGAAUCUGAUGGAUCUUUAAAACCAUUGCCAAAAAAACAUAUUGAUUGUGGUCUGGGCUUAGAAAGAUUAGUAUCAGUUAUACAGAAUAAACGUGCUAAUUAUGAUACAGAUUUAUUUGUGCCCCUGUUUGAUGCAAUACAAAAAGGUACAGGAGCACCGCCUUACCAAGGAAAGGUAGGUGCAGAUGAUAAAGAUGGGAUAGAUAUGGCAUAUAGAGUUUUAGCAGACCAUGCAAGAACUAUUACAAUUGCCCUUUCUGAUGGAGGUGUACCAGAUAAUACGGGUAGAGGGUAUGUGUUAAGAAGAAUCUUGAGACGCGCUGUACGUUACGCAACUGAAAAAUUAAAUGCUAAACCUGGUUUCUUUGGAACAUUGGUAAAUGUAGUUGUAGAACUUCUUGGUGAUGUCUUUCCUGAAGUAACAAAAGAUCCACAGUAUAUAAUUGAUGUGAUCAAUGAGGAAGAAGAACAAUUUCUCAAAACUUUAUCGCGUGGUCGUAAUUUAUUGAAUCGUACUAUAACAAAAUUAAAGUCGUCAAGUGUACUCCCAGGGGAUGUUGCAUGGCGUUUAUAUGAUACAUAUGGUUUUCCAGUGGAUUUAACACAACUUAUGACUGAGGAAAAAGGAUUAAAGGUUGAUAUGGUUGGUUACGAGGAAGCAAGAAAACAAGCUCAGAUCAUUUCUCAAAGUAAAAGCGGUGGUGUGGAUGAUCAAAUUAACCUAGACGUUCAUGCGAUUACCGAGUUACAAAAUAAAGGAAUAAAACCCACUAAUGAUUUACCAAAAUACAAUUACACAGUUACCAAUGAUAAACUAUACGAGGAAUAUGAAUUUGCUCCGUGUACUGGUACUGUAAUUGCUCUUAGACGUGCCAAGACUUUUGUUGAUGAUGUAUCCUCAGGAGAGGAAGUAGGAAUUUUGUUAGAUCAAACAAACUUUUAUGCGGAACAAGGUGGCCAAAUAUACGACGAAGGAUUUUUAGUUAAAGUUGAUGAUGAAGACACCGAAGUUCGUAUAAAAAAUGUUCAAGUAAGAGGUGGCUAUGUCCUGCAUAUUGGAACUGUAGGGCAAGGAACAUUGAAAAAGAAUGACAAAGUUUACUUAAACGUAGAUACUACGCGAAGGAGGCUUUUAAUGAGUAAUCACACUGCAACUCAUGUUCUAAAUUAUGCACUUCGAAAAGUAUUGGGUACGGAAGUUGAUCAGAAAGGCUCUUUAGUUGCACCCGAUCGUCUUCGUUUUGAUUUUACAAAUAAAGGAGCAAUGACUGCAGAGCAGGUGAAAAAAGUAGAAGAAAUGACAAACAGCUUAGUAAAGGAAAAUAGGAAAGUUUAUGCUAAAGAAAGUAGCUUAGCACUAGCAAAGACUAUUCAAGGUUUACGAGCUAUGUUUGAAGAAACGUAUCCUGAUCCUGUGAGAAUUGUUAGCAUAGGUAUACCAGUUGAAGACUUGGAAAAAGAUCCUUUAGGUCCUAGCGCAUUGCAGACUAGCGUAGAAUUUUGUGGCGGAACGCAUUUGCAUUAUACAAAACAUAUUGAGGAUUUUGUCAUAGCCAGUGAAGAAGCUAUCGCUAAAGGUAUUAGACGUAUGGUAGCUCUUACUGGUCCUGAAGCAACAAAAGCUCAGAAGAAAGCAGCUGUAUUGCAAAAUCAUUUGGAACAACUUCAAGCAACUAUAGCUAAUGAUAAGAAUGGUACCAAUACUAAAGAGCACGUAAAAAAAAUAAUUGAAUUAACAGAUGAUGUCUCGCGUGCUACGAUUUCAAGUUGGAAAAAAGAUAAUAUGCGUAAAAUGUUAAAAGAUUUAAAAAAGAUGCUUGAUGAUAAAGAACGUGCAGCAAAAACUGCAAUUGCCAAUGCAGUAGUAGAUACUGUUCAACGAAUAAUUCAAGCAAAUGUAGGGUGUCCGGUAUUGGUUGAAAUAUUGCAAGCAUAUAGUAACACAAAAGCUUUAGAUUUUGCCCUUAAAAAAAUAAAAGCCAUUUCUCCAGAGACAAGUGCAUUACUUAUAAGCGUGGAUCCCGAUGUUAAAAAGAUUUUUGCACUUAGCGCAGUAUCUAAGUCUGCCAUAAACAAAGGACUGAAAGCAAACGAAUGGAUCCAAGAAAUUGCUUCACUUAUGGAAGGAAAAGGAGGUGGAAAAGCUGAGUCUGCUCAGGCAUCGGGUACCAAUAUAUCAUGUUUAACAAAAUUAAUACAUACUGCAAAAAAUUUUGCUAAUUCAAAACUUGGAGUUAUAAGUAACAAUGAAAAUCUGACGAAUAACAUCUGCAGUCAGUUAAAAGCUAGUCAAAAUUCGAUGUGUUCUAAAACUUCAAAAGAGAAAUUAAUACUUUCCGGUAAUAUUGGAAGUAUCAAAUAUUAUCGUGCUCAAAUAGUAGCGCAAUAUAAUGAUAAAGAAGUGAUAAUGAAGGAAUGUAAGAAUGACGGCAUAAUUUCUAAUAACGUUAAAUUAGAAGGAAACGGUAUUGAACUAUCCGACAGCAGUGCAAUUUCUUUUUACUUAGCAAAUGACCAAUUAAGAUGUUCAAACGAUCUUUUUAUGUUUAGUGAGGUUUUACAAUGGGUAAGUUACGCAGAUAAUCAUAUUCUACCGGCAGUAUUGGGGUGGGUUAUUCCAUGCAUCACGAAACAGGUACCAAAUAACGUAAAGGCAGGUAUGAAAGCAUCCAAGGAAGAUCUUCUUUCUUCCUUAACCAAAUUAAACAAUAUACUGCUUACAAAAACUUAUUUAGUUGGAGAAAGAAUCAGCCUUGCAGAUGUUGCUAUUUUUACUGCCUUGGUACCGUUGUAUGAACAUUUAUUUGAUUCACAAUAUAGGAUACAAUAUAAGAAUUUAACUAGAUGGUUUCUUACUAUUUUAAAUCAGCCGCAAGUAACUAGCAUACUAAAAAGUUUUCAAAUGUGUGAAAAAGUUGUUAAACAUUAAAUGUUAAAAUAUUAUGUUCUCUAAAGGAAUGAGUUUUAUACAUUUUUAUUAUUACGAAUAUACAUUAUUAAUCAGUACAGUUUUUUGUUACAGAACAUUCGAUUCUUCUUUUUGUUUAUUGUCCUUAUCAUAUAAUAUUCUUAUCUCCCUUAACAAAAGAGAUAUAUUUGUACCCUUCUUAGCAGAAACUGGAAUAAUUGGUAAAUCAAUUUUUUCUUUGAGUAAUUUAAAAUUUUCCUGUAACGAUAUAAUUAAUAAUGUUACUAUAUUGUUUAAGAAUUAUUAAUUAAAAUACGGCACCGUGCCUUACCGUAGCUUCUGGUAAAUCCAUCUUAUUUGCAACAAUCAGCAUUGAUCUGUUAGUUAAUUUUACAUUAAAAUGUGUAAUUUCAUAUUUUAAUGUUUCAUAAUCCUUCCACGGAUCAUUCGAAGUAGUAUCCAAAAUGAAUAAUAAAAUUCUGCAACGUUCUAUAUGUUUAAGAAAUUGUAUACCGAGACCUCUAUUCUUGUGAGAAUCGGAUAUAAUUCCCGGCAAAUCAGCCACUUGAAAGUUAAUAUACUUUUCGUUAAAACAUUACUUCAAAUGAAUUACUACUUAAUUGUAUCACUAACCUGCAAUUUGCUCAUAAUCAUCAUAUAAUACGGUCCCUAAAUGAGGUCUCAAUGUUGUGAAUGGAUAUGCUGCUACUUUUGGUCUAGCUCUAGAUAUGGCUCUUAAUAAUGUACUUUUACCUGCAUUCGGUAGACCAAUCUAAAGAUUUUAAACAGUUGCAUAAUGAUAUAUAUCUUACUCCUGCUCUUAAUUUUAUUUUUAAAUAAAUAUAUUGUUUACAUACUAAUC